GAUAACUUGAUAUUCUAGCGGGUCACCUGACCUAUUACUAAACGCAAUGGCUGCUCUUGAAGUUGAGUCGUACCCACGUCGGUCACCAAAAUAUUUGUCUGGAGAACCCUCUAGGAAAGUUAAGCGUGAAGCGGAGAAAGGGACCUUGGAAUCUACUCCUCCUCCCACUGAUGGGAUAAAGAAUUAUUAUAUGAACAAGAUCGAUGAACAUCAAUUUAUUUACACCGAGAAAGUCCUCAAUUUAAGGCGACUGGAGGCUCAACGGAACGAGUUAAACGCUAAAGUUCGAAUGCUUCGAGAAGAGCUUCAGCUGUUACAGGAACAAGGUUCAUUUGUUGGAGAAGUCAUAAAAGCUAUGGACAAAAAGAAAGUGUUGGUCAAAGUACAACCGGAAGGAAAAUAUGUUGUGGACAUCGACAAAAACAUUGAAAUGUCUCAGAUAUCCCCGAACUGCCGUGUGGCUCUCCGAAGUGAUAGUUACACGUUGCAUAAAAUUUUGCCAAGCAAAGUUGAUCCCCUUGUAUCUUUAAUGAUGGUAGAAAAGGUUCCGGACUCUACUUACGAGAUGAUUGGAGGCCUCGAUAAACAGAUCAAAGAAAUUAAAGAAGUCAUUGAACUUCCCGUAAAACACCCAGAGCUUUUUGAUGCUCUAGGAAUAGCGCAACCUAAAGGCGUGUUGUUAUAUGGACCCCCAGGUACAGGGAAAACCCUGUUAGCUCGUGCCGUUGCCCACCAUACUGAAUGUACAUUUAUUCGUGUCAGCGGUUCUGAACUUGUCCAAAAAUUCAUCGGCGAAGGAGCUAGAAUGGUUCGUGAAUUAUUUGUUAUGGCGCGAGAACAUGCACCAUCUAUAAUUUUCAUGGAUGAAGUUGAUUCAAUUGGAUCCACCAGAUUAGAAAGUGGCACAGGGGGAGAUAGUGAAGUUCAAAGAACUAUGUUAGAGCUGCUCAAUCAAUUGGACGGGUUUGAACCCAAACAAAAUAUAAAAGUUAUCAUGGCAACAAAUCGUAUUGACAUACUUGACUCAGCUCUUCUAAGACCUGGCCGAAUUGAUCGGAAAAUUGAAUUUCCUGCUCCGAAUGAGGAAGCCCGAUUGGAUAUCCUAAAAAUACAUUCUCGAAAGAUGAACUUAACUAGAGAUAUCGACCUGCGUAAGCUAGCAGAAUCAAUGCCUGGUGCCAGUGGUGCAGAAGUCAAAGGAGUGUGUACGGAAGCCGGUAUGUACGCGUUGCGAGAACGUCGGGUUCACGUUACGCAAGAAGAUUUUGAAUUAGCAGUUGCUAAGGUGAUGCAGAAAGAUUCUGAGAAAAAUGUAUCUAUCAAGAAACUGUGGAAAUAAGGCUCUAAAUUUAUUUAUUUUAUAUGACUAAACAGUACCAUUUUCUUUUGUAAAAACGUUACUGGUAUAUUCUGUUUUCAUUCUUUGUCUACUUGUUCACAGAAAAAUGAACACAUUUUUUCCAGUUAUUUGAAUCGCUUCCAUAGACUGCUUUAUUUUUAGUAACUAGGGUUUUGUUCUUAUUAUGUAAAUUGUAGGUAAUUAACACUCAUACGUUUUUAUUUUAUUGUUACGCAAUUAUCCGUGUAGGUUUAUUCUAUCACUCGUGUGUCACAAACAAAAAUUUCUAGGUGCAACUUGGUAAUUUAGUGCUUGAGACCUA